UAAACCUAAAAUCAAAAGGUAACAAUUUCGUAAAAUCCUUGGCAUUGCAUCGUCCCGGAGAUUUAGCAGCGGGGUUUUGCCUCCUCCAUCUACUACUAAUCAGAUUCAUCGAACCCAUCAAAACCCAGACCUUCGAUCUUUAAAAUUUGCAUUGACAUUUCAUUUGAAAGUCUCAAUGGCUUCUCCAAACAAUAUGCCAUCGGCUGUGGACAAGGAACAGAUAUUUGGUAUGGCAGAAAAGGAGAUGGAAUAUAGAGUUGAAUUGUUCAACAAGCUUACACAUUCAUGUUUUAACAAAUGUGUUGAUAAGAGGUACAAGGAAUCUGAGCUGAAUAUGGGUGAAAAUAGUUGUAUUGACCGCUGCGUUUCCAAGUAUUGGCAUGUAACGAAUUUAAUUGGCCAGCUACUCGGGUCUGGUAGACCUCCAAUGUGAAUUGAUUCCUGAUCUGAAUGAUUGUUGGUGAGUUGGGAAUGAAGAGCUUUGAUUUAUGCAUUUUUGGUCUGAUUAAUUCUCCAUCUCAUGAAAUAACUUAGUCUUUGCUGUUCGAGAAAGCAUUGAUAAUGGCACAAUCUUGUCAAUUUUAUAGUUUUCAUUUCACCAUUAACUAUGAUUUUAAAUUUUCUAGAAAAUAUUAGAUUGGGUCUCUAUACCCUUUUCUUUCGUU